AUGGAUAUUUUAAUCUCAGUCGUAGCAAAAAUUGCAGAGUACACAGUUGAACCCAUUGGACGUCAACUAGGUUAUCUCUUUUUCUACAAUAGAAACAUUAAGGAUCUUGAAAAACAACUUGAAAAUCUAAAGACUACUGGAGAAAAAGUGCAAAUUUUGGUUAACGAGGAAGAAGUAAUUCAUAUGAAAUCUAUGACGAAGUCUCGACAUGGUUGUUGGCCGAAAUCUAACGUUAACAAAGUUGGAGUAUAUGGUAUGGGAGGUGUUGGAAAAACUAAGUGGCUGGAUGAAGUUAAGAAAUUAGUAUUAGAAAACAAAUUGUUUGAUCGAGUGAUUGAUGUGACUAUAGGUCAAUCUAAUGGUGUAGUAGAGAUACAAGAUCAAAUUGGAGGAAAGUUAAAUAUGGGAUUAAAUAUGAAGGCAGAAACUAAGGAAGGAAGAGCAACUUUCCUACAAAAUAAGUUGGUUGAGAUGAGAGAGAAUAUCCUUAUUUUGUUGGAUGAUUUAUGGAAUGAAUAUGAUCUUCAAAAAGAGGUUGGAAUUCCUUGUCGUUCAGAAUCAAGUAAAGAAGGAUGUAAGAUACUUAUGACAAGUCGAUCUCGACAUAUAUUAACAAAUAACAUGAAUACUGAAAAGUGUUUUAAGGUGAAUUCCCUAAGUGAAGAAGAGUCUUGGAAGUUUUUUAUGACAAUAGUUGGAGAGUUUGACAAAAAUCGUAUAGAACACAUGGCAAAAAAUGUGGUAAAAAAAUGUGGAGGGUUACCAAUUGCACUUAAAAUUAUUGCCAAAGCAUUGAAGGGGAAAGAACUACGUAUUUGGAAGAAUGCUUUAGAGAAAUUGGAAAAACGUGUUUCAGUGAAAAUUAAAGGAGUGAGUGACCAAUUAUAUUCUUGCCUUAAAUUAAGUUACGAUUGGAUAGAAGAUGAAGAAACUCGAUUAUUAUUUCUGUUGUGUAGUGUAUUUCCAGACGAUCACGAGAUUUGUGCGAAGGAUUUGCAGAUGUAUGCUAUGGGUAUGGGAUUACUAAAUGAGGUAGAUAAUUGGGAAACAACAAGGAAUAUGGUAAUUGAGUUGGUUGACCAUCUUAAAUCUUCCUCAUUGCUUCUAGAAUCCAAUUCAGGUGACAAUUACGUUCAAAUGCAUGAUGUGGUCCGCGAUGUUGCCAAAUACAUUGCAUCAAAUGAAAAUAAUAUGUCCUCAUUAAGCUAUGGGUGUGGACAAAGUGAAUGGCGAGAAAAAGAUAGAUACGGAUCUUAUAAUGCAAUCUUUGUAGAUUGUAUGGACUUUCCCAACCUUCCUAAGAAUUUGGAGUUUCCAAACCUUCAAAUGUUGAUAUUAAGAAUUCAAACGUUUUUUGGGGAGGGGCAAGCUAUUCAAAUUCCGGAUACUUUUUUUGAAGGAAUGAAAAAGCUUAGAGUUUUGGACAUGACGAAGAUGCGUUUUGAAUCAUCAAGGACAUCGUUGACCAACUCAUUAAAGAACCUUCAAACAUUAUGUAUGUCAUAUUGUGAAUGUGAUGAUAUUUUAACCAUUUUUCAGCUAAAAACAUUGGAAAUUUUGAGGAUUAAUGGAAGUACGAUUCAAGAGCUACCUGCAACUAUGGAUGAUUUAACCCAACUUAAGGUGCUAGAUGUGUCGAAUUGCUCCGACUUGGAGGUGAUUCCUGCAAACCUUAUUUCAAGUAUGACAAAACUGGAAGAGUUGAGUUUAUGGAGAAGCUUCAAAAGAGGAGGAGAGGAAGUAUCAUACAAAAAUGAGUUGAUUAAGAAUGUCAAACUCUCCUAA